CCGGGCCCCCUCCCCGCAGGCUUCGGGAGGCGGGGACGCGGCGUCGGCGGCUUUGCCAGUCGCGUCUUUCUCCCUCACUGGGGAAACCGGCGGUGGCGGCACCUUCGGAGGCUGAGCAGCUGAGCCGGGAGCCCGCCAGUGGGAGGUCGGACAGACUGACCGCAGAGCCGACAGACGGACGAACAGCGGGGCAGCCAGACGGCUCGAGUCGCCUCAAGUUCCGCCAUGAGCUGGGGCACGGAGCUUUGGGAUCAGUUCGACAGCUUAGACAAGCAUACACAAUGGGGAAUUGACUUCUUGGAAAGAUACGCCAAAUUUGUUAAAGAGAGGAUAGAAAUUGAACAGAACUAUGCAAAACAAUUGAGAAAUCUGGUUAAGAAGUACUGUCCCAAACGUUCCACCAAAGAUGAAGAGCCAAGGUUUACUUCGUGUAUAGCCUUUUUUAACAUCCUUAACGAGUUAAAUGACUAUGCAGGACAGCGAGAAGUAGUAGCAGAAGAAAUGGCGCACAGAGUUUAUGGUGAAUUAAUGAGAUAUGCUCAUGAUCUGAAAACUGAAAGAAAAAUGCAUCUUCAAGAGGGACGAAAAGCUCAGCAAUACCUUGACAUGUGCUGGAAGCAGAUGGAUAAUAGUAAAAAGAAAUUUGAAAGAGAAUGUAGAGAGGCAGAGAAGGCACAACAGAGUUACGAAAGAUUGGAUAAUGAUACUAAUGCAACCAAGGCAGAUGUUGAAAAGGCUAAACAGCAGUUGAAUCUACGUACACAUAUGGCUGACGAAAAUAAGAAUGAAUAUGCUGCACAAUUACAAAACUUCAAUGGAGAACAGCACAAACAUUUCUACAUAGUGAUUCCUCAGAUUUACAAGCAACUACAAGAAAUGGAUGAACGAAGGACUAUUAAACUCAGUGAGUGUUACAGAGGAUUUGCAGACUCAGAACGCAAAGUUAUUCCUAUCAUUUCAAAGUGUUUGGAAGGAAUGAUUCUUGCAGCAAAAUCAGUUGACGAAAGAAGAGACUCUCAGAUGGUAGUAGACUCCUUUAAGUCCGGAUUUGAACCUCCAGGAGACUUUCCAUUUGAAGAUUACAGUCAGCAUAUUUAUAGAACCAUUUCUGAUGGGACUAUCAGUGCAUCCAAACAGGAAAGUGGGAAGGUGGAUGCCAAAACCACAGUAGGAAAGGCCAAGGGCAAGUUGUGGCUCUUUGGAAAGAAGCCAAAGCCACAGUCCCCACCCUUAACCCCUACUAGUUUAUUCACAUCCAGUACUCCUAAUGGGUCCCAGUUUCUCACAUUCUCCAUUGAGCCCGUGCAUUAUUGUAUGAAUGAAAUAAAAACAGGGAAGCCCAGAAUUCCUUCUUUCAGAAGUCUCAAAAGAGGGUGGUCGGUGAAGAUGGGCCCAGCACUAGAAGAUUUCAGUCAUCUGCCACCAGAACAGAGACGUAAGAAACUACAGCAGCGCAUCGAUGAACUUAACAGAGAACUUCAAAAAGAAUCAGACCAAAAAGAAGCACUCAACAAAAUGAAAGAUGUAUAUGAGAAAAAUCCACAAAUGGGGGACCCAGGGAGUUUGCAGCCUAAAUUAGCAGAGACCAUGAAUAACAUUGACCGCCUGCGAAUGGAAAUCCACAAGAAUGAGGCUUGGCUGUCUGAAGUUGAAGGCAAAACAGGUGGAAGAGGAGACAGAAGACAUAGCAGUGACAUAAAUCACCUUGUAACACAGGGACGAGAAAGCCCUGAGGGAAGCUAUACUGAUGAUGCAAACCAAGAAGUCCGUGGGCCACCCCAACAGCAUGGUCACCACAGUGAGUUUGAUGAUGAGUUUGAAGAUGACGAUCCCUUGCCUGCUAUUGGACACUGCAAAGCUAUCUACCCUUUCGAUGGACAUAAUGAAGGUACUCUGGCAAUGAAAGAAGGUGAAGUUCUAUACAUUAUUGAGGAGGACAAGGGUGAUGGAUGGACAAGAGCUCGGAGACAGAAUGGUGAAGAAGGCUACGUUCCCACAUCAUACAUAGAUGUAACUCUAGAGAAAAACAGUAAAGGUGCAGUAACUUACAUCUAAACUAACCCGGCAGCUUUGUAACAUGUAUGACAUAGGAACGAUAACAAGAUGAAAACACAGUCAGUGGGUGGGAAAACAUAAGAAAGCUGAAAGGGCAUCCAAGAUUUAUUGUUCACUGUGUGAGCUGAUUGUAGGCUCGAUCUCAGAGAUGUGACUAUUACAAGAAACUGUUCUCAUGACGCUUUACCAUUUGAGUGAUGUUGGUGUGAAGCUUAAUCGAUGCCUUUUGCUUUAUGUCCUGCUUAAGUCUGUGUGAAGGAUUUGUGUUUUUCUGCCUUAUAAAUCAUAGAAUUUAAUCUACUGGGCAGGAAUCCAUCCUGUAGAGGGGUAGGGAUAGAAAGCUCCCUACCCCUCUACACUUUGCUUCAGGAAACACAGUGACUGUAGUGAACUCAAGUAAAACUGCUCUGAAAUGCUUGCUAUAAAAAGCUGAUGCCCAAAAGAGUGGUUUGGUCUAGGAGUUUGAAAUUGUAGCUACAGUUUCUAGGAAAAAUGUAAUAAUAGUUGGCUAAUUGGAUAAAAUACGAAUGUAAUCAUUUUCUUUUUUGUCCUUAUUCUCAACUUCGGUUUCCUAAAGGAAGAAAACAGGCACCUAACACAUAAUCUGUUUUAGUAGUAGGCUAAUCAAGAGACGUGCAAAAUAAACGGGCCUGGUCUUGCUCUUUAAGUGAAUAAAAUGGCUUUCUUUUGAGACCCAAGGAUAUUUUCAGGUUUUCUAGUAAUUUUCAGUAAUGUACAAACUUUCUUCUAAAUUAAUGCUUGUACUUUUCAUCUUUAAAUGUCUUUUGAGAAAUACCACUUUAGUGAUACUAGCAUUUAGCAAUUAUACAUAGAAAAGUGGAUUCUAAAUAAACUAAGAUAGAGGAAAUCUUGCAUGGAGGAGAAGUACUGGCAAAUUUUGCUUGAAAGAAAAACGACUUUUUUCACUAAUUGGGUUGAAGGACUAUAUCUCUACCAUCACUGAGGGCAUUUCCUCAUUUUAGCUGAAUCGUCAAUUAUUAGGAGUUUUUUUUCCAAUUAAUUUUAAUAAGCAUAUGUUGGAAACACUGUAUAAUCAAGACAUGUGCAGUGCUAGUUGUGUAGGGGAGUAAAGUGAGGAAGCAAUUAAGAGACUGGUCCUUAAUUUUGCUCAUGUUCCAACAUGUUUUGGUGUUUUUAAUAGCUGACUAUAAAAUGAUUUUAGAGACAUUUGGGAUGGACACUUUAAACUGAACACUCCUUUUGGUCUUACCAAAGGUCUUCAGUAAUUGUUCUUUUCUUUUUCCUCCUGGACUGCAGGUUCCUGAAGAGGGUUUCUGAGGAAAUGGGCAAGAUGUUGAAGGAGGUUACAUGCAGCUGCUUUUGGGGGAGGGUAUUAGAGUUGUCAGGCUCAGAGAGAGUGAGAGAAGCAAGUUGCAUGAGUGCAUGCAGACAUGAUUAUUUUUUACUAACUUCAUUAGCAUUUCCGUACAUUGUUUUAAAAAAUCAUUGUAAUACCAACCCUUAAACUUGUCAAUUACAGUUAUUCACAUAAAGGAAAAAAAAGCCAACAAUGGCUAACCUUUUUUUCCAUUUAUUUUACUGAUAUCCAAAUCAGAAAGAAUGCAGAGUUGUCCUUAAGUUUGUCAUAUUUGACUGUCCCAACAGGACUGUCCAUCGCAGCUCUGUUUUAAUUGGCUUUUAGACCCAUUGUCUGUUAGAAUCCUUGCCAUUUGUCAGUGUCUGCCUGCGUCACCUCUGUGCUUGCUUAACAUCCUGUUGCAUGUCUAGAGUGAUCAGGUUUAGAUUUUUCAGGCAUGUCUUUAUAAUCCCUUGUUCUUGUCAAAGCCUUUGUUUUGUCUUACAUUUGUAGUGCAAAUCACUUUGUCAAACAUCUCCAGCACUAAUGUUUCCAUCCUAGUAUUUGUGUAUGCUGCUAUAACUUCCCCACUGCAAAACAUUCCAGUUUUGGCAUUAUGAAGAAGCAGUUUGUGAACCUGAAGUAUUUAUGAUCAGAAGAAAAAACAUCUCUGCUCUAGCCUACAGCCCAGUUGAAAGAACUCUUUGAAACAUGAUACAUCUUCAGCACCUCAGUCUGGGAAGAAUCUAUAGUCAGCACUGAAAUCCUGGCAUAAUAAACACAGAAGAUACUCACCACCUCAAGACAAAGGACUGUUGUCAGAAGUCAGCUGCUUCCAUUCAAACGCUGCCUUAAACUAGAGUGCCUAAAUCUGCUGAUUGCCAACACUACCACUACAGUAUCCCACAAAGGGCUUUAUGUGUCAGCUCAGUGCGACCUCCAUUAACUCGGCAAUGCUGCUAUAGCUGCCGAUACAACCUCGGUAGGUGGCUUUUAGAGCUCUACCAUGUUUGUUGGUGCAUCUUCAAAUUUACGCAUCAAACUAAAGACAUGUCUGAGUCCAUUUUACUUAGUGUUUUUAUGAGAGGUUUUAUGGACCUCCCUCCCAUUGUCUUUUAAUUUGGGGUUACUGUUUUCUCAUUUAAUUAUUACAAUGAUAGUCUGUUUCCAAGUAAUGAUUUUAUUUGAACCACAUACAAUUUAGUGAAACUUUGUAAUGAUCUAUGUGCACUUUUCCUUGUAAAAUGGGAGUUUCUGUAUGCUUAUACUUGUAAAUAUAGUUGUCAUCAGUGCCCCUAUGCUCAUGUUGCUCAUGCUGUCCUCGCUCGCAUUUGUGAUUCUGUUAAUGACUUGUAUCUUAACUAAUUUCUUAGUGGCAUUUAAUAGGGAGGUGGGUGGGGGUGGGGGGAUAUUUGUAACAUGGAAGCUUCAUUAAUUUGGUUCUUUACUGUUUUGAAGGAAGAAAGAACGUGAAAUGGUCUGUGUAUUGUUGGAUUUCAAGCAAUAUUUUAGAAACUGUGUGACUGCUUUAAUAAUUUUUCCCAGUGUUAUUUGAAUCGUACUACCAGUUAUACUAAAGCUGAAUGACAAUUGUGUGAAAGUCGAUGCCUUCGUAAGAUCAAGUACGCCCGUUACACAGCUGACAUGAUAGUGUAUUACCUUUAAGGCUAGUAAACUAUGAAGUUUUAGAUUUUAAAUCUCGUUACAGGGUUAUUUAUAUAAUGUGACAUUAUUCAGUACUGACAGACUACAUAAAGUAGUUUUCAGAUCCAGUGCUAUUUUUAUUUUAAAGGUUAGCAAUGAAGAGGAAACGUGAGCUGGCUGUGUUUGUCUUCUGUACAAAGCCUGAGGUGCUUGUGCUUUUUGGCAACAGCCACAGAGGGCAAAGUUUAAGGCUUUCUUGUGAGGACUAACUGUUCUUUUCAAGCUACUGUUUGUUUUUCUUAAAGCAGGAUUUGCUUCCGUAGGAGGCAAGUUCCCUCACGUGGAAUAGUGCAACCUGUGUAUGGGUUAUUACAAUAGGAGAGACAUUUGUACUUGCACAGUUUAAAUCAUUCUUAAAUUUAAACAUGUGAAUUGUCCAAAAGAAGUCUUUAAUUUUUCAGUAAUUUUUACUCUUUUUGUGCACAUGUUGAUUUCUUAAUGUAAAUGCUUUGUUAAAGAUAGUGUUCUCUGUUGAGAAUAUUUUCAUGGAAUAAAAUAAUCUUUUCAUGGUCA